CGUACAGUGUGCGUCCUUUCCAGUCGGCGCUGACGAAUAACGAGAAGAACAUUUUCAUUUUCGAAGCAUUUCACCAGUUUCUCAGACUUCUUUCUAACGAGAAGUGCAUAAAUCCAGGUUGGUAAAUUUGACUGGUCUGAGACCGACUUGACAGGUGAAAGUCUCUACGACUGUUUUUAUAGUGCUGCAAUUGUACGAGGUCAACAUAAUCUUUUUUUUUCUGUCACUGUCAUAGUAUUUUGAGUUUCACAAUCCUCGAAAACAUCAUCACUAGCGCUAGGAAUAUCUCAACUUUUUCUACAAAUACAGUCCAAUAAUUACAUUUUCUCUAUACUUUAUCCUAGUAGUAUGUUAUUAUUUUAACAUACUUUUUAAAGAUAAAACCGCUGAAAUCCGAAAAUGGAAUCGCUGUUGAACACCACGGAUUACUACCCAGCUAACGCGACUAACGGUUCUGAUUCAGAGGACUAUAACCAGUUCGUGCAGCCGGUGUGGCAGAUCGCUCUUUGGGCUGUCGCCUACUGCGGCAUGGUGUGCGUCUCAGUGGUCGGGAACCUGGUGGUCAUCUGGAUCAUUGUUGCGCACAAACGCAUGAGGACCGUGACCAACUACUUCCUGGUGAACCUAGCCUUUGCAGAGGCAUCUAUGUCUGCAUUCAAUACAGUAAUAAACUUUGCCUACAGUGUCCAUAACGAGUGGUACUUUGGUCUGGAUUACUGUCGCUUCCACAACUUCUUCCCCAUUGCAGCUGUCUUCGCCAGCAUAUACUCCAUGACUGCCAUAGCCGUGGACAGGUAUAUGGCCAUCAUUCACCCCCUGAAGCAGAGGUUGUCUUCAAAAGAGACGUGCGUGGUGAUCGGGGUCAUCUGGGUCUUAGCUCUACUGCUGGCCUUCCCUCAGUACUACUACUCAGCCACUGAGCAGCUGCCGGGCAGGACUGUCUGCUACAUCAGAUGGCCGGAAGACACCAAUGACACAACCGUGGAUUUCAAGAAGAUGUAUUAUGUGUCUGUGGUGUUGCUCUACUACUUUUUCCCGCUGUGCAUCAUGGGAUGUGCCUACCUGGCGGUGGGCUUUUCUCUGUGGGCGGGGACUAUCCCUGGAGACUCCACCCAUCGCUACAGAGAGCAGCUUAUCGCCAAACGCAAAGUAGUGAAGAUGAUGAUUGUGGUGGUGUGUACAUUUGCAGUGUGUUGGCUGCCAUACCACAUCUACUUCCUGCUGCAGCAGUUCCACCCAGACCCCAGACAGCUGUUUGAAUGGCGCUACGUCCAGCAGGUGUAUCUGGCUAUCAUGUGGCUGGCCAUGAGCUCCACAAUGUACAACCCCAUCAUCUACUGCUGUCUCAAUGAAAGGUUCAGAGCUGGCUUUCAGCGGGUGUUCUGUUGGUGUCCUUGCGUUCCAGCCGGCUCCUACGACGAACUAGAGCUCAAGUCUACCCGCUACCUGCAGACUCAGGUGAGUGUCUACAGGGCCAGCCGUAUGGAAACCAGUGUGUCCACGGUUCCGCACCACAAUGAGGAGCAGGGCUGUAGGACCGAGCAGCCAGCCACACCCCCAAUCAGCCAGCCAACCCCCCUAUCAGCUAGACACACCCCCUAUCAGCCGGCCAGAUCCCCUAUCAGCCAGACAACACUAGAACUUACCUCAAACUCCAACGGCUCAGCAUUACCAUCAACACUAAACCCACUCAACAGCCCUGCUUACUACAGUAGACACAACAUGGACUAGUUUGCCCAACAAACACCACAUUGGACAUUAACACUUCUCUCUGUAGACAUCUAAAUGAUUGCCUAAUUUGGUCUGCUGGUCAAUUUGAUUCUAGGAGCAAAGCAUGUUAGGUUUUGAGAUUUACGGUUUGCUAAGUCUCCACCUUUGUAAAAGAAAACCUCUGAUAUUAUCACCUAUGUUAAUUAACCUUCGUAUCAACAUAUCAAAAGAGUUUAGGCCCCACGUUUACUUUGAUGAGCAGUGGCCCCCACACAAAACCUGGAACCAAUGCUGCUUCUUGUCUCACACAUUCCAUAGCAGACCUUCCCGUCUUGUAGUACCAGUUCUGUUUAGGUAGUCUGUCCAGAUCAGGCAUGGGUUAGUGCAUUAUAGCCUGGGCUAGUGCUCUGUUGUCACACAUUUGAAUGCAGACAUGACACCAGCUAGGCCAAUGAAGAGUGGACUAACAAUUAUGAUGUAAUCAAUAUGCUUCAAAUUGGACUCAAGCCCUAUAACACAGCCUAAGAUCAUUUUCUCCUUCUCUAAUUAAAGGCAAGUGGGCAGCUCACAAAGAGUCUUCACAACAUUCACCCUUCUUCAUUCUCAAACACAAAUAGCGUACCCUAGCAACAACAGCAGGCACAGCCCUCUCCAUAAGAAAACACUGAUGUUUGUGUGAGAAAUGAGCCUGUGUGUGUGGGUGUGUGUGUGUGUAUUUUUCCAGGAGUAUUCCCGGAUAAGUGUUGGGCCUGCACCUGUUGUUGGGGAUUACUGCUCAGAGAGGACAAUUUGAGGAGCAGUGUUCUGUUUGUCUGGUCAGUGCACAGGGCUGAUAUAUAUAGACAGGACAGAGGAGGAUACAAAUAGAGUAGAGAAAUAAUGGCAAGGGGUGGAGGGGAGGAAGGGAGACAUCACAGGAAGAGCAUUGAGUUCACACAUUAGGAGGGGAGGAGAAGUCACAGAGGGGUCAUGGGUCAGGGGGAGGAUAAAGGAGAGGUAGUGAAGAACAGUGUACCUCUUCCGCCUCCCUAAGCCCUCGCUCUGGAUCUCAUCUAUCCACGUACUGCUGGGAGCAGGGCCGUGGGCACUGUGUGUGUGUGUGUGUGUGUGUGUGUGUGUGUGUGUGUGUGCGCCUAGUGCAGUAUUUGUGUUUUUAUGUACAGAGGGGUUAAAGCCAGGAACAUAAAUACUGUAGACAGCAUUCAAACAGAUAUGUUUGACUCCCCUGGAGAGAAAAUGCUAAUAACUCUCAUACACACAGUUUUGCCUUAGUUUUUUUAUUUAUUUUUAUUUUGAACAGUUCACUGAAAAUAUACUGAGAUUCGUCAAAAAACGAAAUGUGGAGAAAAUGGUGUAUUCUGAGUAGUAGUUAUUUUCUUACAGUGUUGAUUAUGGGGCAGGAACCCCUCCUAGGACAAACAGUAGCAAGCAUUGUUGUAUGUUGAUUUGAACGUUUGUGUCUCUGCCUCUGUGUGUAGACAUGUAAGUAUGUAUAACAGGCCUGGUUGAUGCUAAGACUGUUCUCCUGCUCUAUCUGUUGGCGGUGUAUCAUGCAUGAAUGUUCCCAGGUACGUGUGUGUGUGUGUGUCUGAUUAGCUUUGAACACCUCACUGAACAUCCACCAGCUAGACUUGCUCCAUCCCCACAGUAUACACCCAUGCACAAACAAUCUCUCUCAUACACUCUAUUAAUAAUAACACAUGAUACUUAUAUAGUGAUUUUCAAGGACACUAAAUUAGCUUCACUCUCGCUUAACUCUGACAUCAUUGUCGUGUCUGGGUUCAGCUGUCUGUAUUGAAUACAUGAUGAGGACCAUAGAUGUGAUAGAUUCAUGAUUGCCACUAAACUGUAAAUAUGACUGUUUAACUUAAAAGGUAAACCAACUAUUUGAAUUGUAUGGUAUAUCAUUGUAUAAAGUAUAGUUACAGUAAUUUAAUCUAAUGGAGUUUGUAUUAUAGGAGUUGUGGUAUACAGUGAAUAUAAAAAGUCUACACACCCCUGUUAA